CCUCCACUAGAACCAGAAUUUGCCCCCAAGCAGCAUCCACUGCACGGGAGAAGGAGCGCGAUUGCAGGUGGCGUGGCGUACUUGAUUGUUUACUGUGGCUUAGCGUUGACCCGGCUUUGCAAUUGAAGCUCUCAAAAAGCUGGAAAGUGCCAGCUGCAUCACCGCCUGUGCGCUCCACCACCCCAACUCCAUCAUCAACCUCGCUGUCAUUCCUCGUUUGCUACUCUGGAGUGCAGAAUUGGGUCCAGCGCAGGAAAAAAUGGAGAAACGUACACACGAAUCUCCCAUGGAGUGGGAAUAUCAAACUCAAGGUCCUAUGGAUCCCACCAGUCCCUUUGUCACAUCUACGAGGAAGGCGCAACAGAAUAUCGGCGUAUUUGGCUCACAGUUAGGCACCUUUGGCCAAAGCUCAUUCAGCCGCACGCAGAGCAGUCCUUAUAAACCUUUAUCUGCCACACCAGGGCAUAGCUCCUUCGCAUCCAACCCGCAACUUCAAAGAACGGCCACCGCCCCUGCCUUCCGCAACAGUGCCUUCACAACUCCCCGCAAGCCUUUGGAUCACGACGUCUUCUCCGAAGUCUCGGCCGCCGAGUCUAGUCCAGCCGCGACCGACGGGUCCGACUGUCCCGACACACCCGAGAUGGAGAACUCGCGCAGCUUUGGCCAGAUGGCCAUUACCCCUGCACGAAACAGGGCGCUGCUUAGCAAGAAGGCGUCGGGCAAGGGGGAGAUACCAAGGGUCGUGUUCAAUACAAGGGACAAGGUGCGCAAGCGGAAGAGGCGUCAAGAAGACAAGGACAUCGGCAGCUAUCGUUUGCCCUACAAACAAGCUGAUGAGUGGGACGAAAGCGAGGGCGCGGACUCGGACGACAGCGCAUUUCGACCCAAUGAUCCGUCUCCGAACAAGACUAGCCGAGCACGCGGCAAGAAGGGUUGGUUCACCAACUUCCUGUCUACAAUCCAGAAGCACCCCUAUGCGCCCGCCAUUCUUGGCUACUGGCUGCAACUCGCUUUCAACCUCGUGAUUGUAGGAAUCGUUACCUGGGUUAUGUGGAUCAUAAUCAGCGGCUUCAAAGACGAUUUUUGGGCAGCAAGGCAAGAGCUUCGUGCCGGCGUCGUGGAGGAAAUGGCCAAGUGCGCCAAGGACUACGCCGAGAACCGCUGCGCGCCCAAAGAGCAGCGAUUGCCGGCCAUGAAUCUCAUGUGUGAGGAGUGGGAAUCCUGCAUGAACCAAGAUCCUGACAAGGUCCGCCGAGUCCAGCUUGGGGCCAAGAAUAUCGUCGAGAUUAUCAAUGAGAUUUUUGAGACGAUGCAUUGGAAGACUCUGGCCGUAUUCUUCCUCCUCUUCGCCAUGCUAUGCUUCAGUGGCGCCUCGUUAUUCAAAAGCACCCCCGGUAACUUCACCACGGUGCCCCACCAGCCUCAACACUCGCAGACCGCCAAUGUUCACAUGUUGGCUCAAUCACAGCAACAGCAAGGGCAGUACUACAGCAUGAUGCCCAUGACCCCACGCCACUUCAAGGGUGGCCUGCUGCGAAACAAUGAUGAGACCCCCGACACCGAUGCGUCACCUAGUGGUUUCAGGAUGCUCCCACCGCCGUCGUUUAGGAGAAACCGAAGUCCUAGCAAAGAAGAAAGAGCUCGCAGUCCGACUAAGAGUCGGAGCCCAACAAAGAGGUAUUAGGGCAACAAUGAAGUUGGUCGUUUGUCGAAAAAAAGGAUAAGCCAGAGCCCAGCAGUGGUCGGCAAGCAUUGUGGUCAUGGUAUAUGGCAUGUUUCGUUUUGGGCGAGUAAUAUGUUGAAGGCUGCAGAAAAUUUCAGUGACUUGCAUUGCAUCAAGGCAUGGGUGGCGUUUUGUUCAAUGGAAACAUAUCCGGGCAAAUACGUAGAAUAGCGAUAAUAGUGUAUCCCCAGCUGGUUGGCUGAGAUUUACGAUGACACUACCGUUGGAGACGCAACCACCACCCAAACCGCCCAGCGGAAAACUGUGUUAGUGAAAAUCGGCAGGCUGACUCCAACGGUGGUUCGCAGGCAUGCUUGUUUUAUUUUAUUUUAGGGUAACGGCUGCGUGGCGUAGGAUUUGCCUCUCAACUGGCCUUUCCAUUCACAUUCUACGGACUAGUAGUAUUGUCCUAUUGAUUUGUAUAUCAUGAAAUUCGCCCAUGUUUACCAG